AAUUUCAACUUGGAAAGAAACAAUGGGAAUCAUUGAAAACGGAACAAUAUCGGGUAACUUGCCGAGCAAGGAGGCGUUUGUGGUUCACUAUCCUGGCUACCCAUCAUCUAUUUCCCGAGCACUGGAGACUCUUGGGGGAAUCCAAGGGAUCACAACCGCAAGAGAGUCAACGUCAAACAAGCUUGAGCUGAAUUUCCGCCCUGAAGACCCUUAUGCACAUCCUGUCUUGGGAGAACAACGUCCUUGUCAUGGUUUUCUGUUAAAAAUUUCGAAGGAGGUCGUUAAGAAAGAUUCUCUGCCUGAAAGUCAACCUGUUCUUGCCACUAGCAAUGCAUGCUUACCAGAAGAUUGCCCAACCCUGUGUGCUGAUAUUGUAGCUCGUGUGUCUGAAUCGUAUUGCUUUGAUGGCAUGGCCGACUACCAGCAUGUAAUUCCUAUUCACGCUGAUAUUGCACAGCAGAAGAAGAGAAAAUGGAUGGAGGUGAAGUCUCUUGCAGGAAAAAAUGAUCUAAUGGACAUGGCUGACGAAGAUGUAAUGAUGUUAUUGCCACAGUUCUUUUCACCCAAAGAUAUGCCAGACAACUUGGUGCUGAGACUUCCAGUAACAUCAAGCCCAAAAAAGAAAGAUGAUGAACUAACUCAGAAUCUUUAUGAGAUAGAUAUUGGCCCAGUAUUUGCAAUUGAUUUCAGUGUCAAAGAUAUCCUUUUCUCCUCCUUAGCAUUCAUACAGAUCCCGAAGAUAUUAAAAUGGGAAGACUUUAUUGUUCCCAGCUCCAACCAAUGGAAAUGGCAGGUAGCAGUGUCUGCAUUGUUUGAAGAGCGACCUGUGUGGACAAGAGAUUCCAUAGUCCAACGACUACUUGAUAAAGGUCUUAAAUGCACACAUCAUAUGCUAAACAGGUUUCUUCUUAGGGCUGCAUAUUAUUUUUCGGGUGGUCCAUUUCUUAGGUUCUGGAUUAAAAGAGGCUAUGAUCCACGGAAAGAUCCUGAAUCUCGCGUAUUCCAGAGAAUGGAAUUCAGGGUUCCACCUGAGUUAAAGGGUUAUUGUGAUUCCAAUGCAACUAACAAGUCAAAGCCAAGCUGGGAUGACAUUUGUUCGUUUAAAGUAUUUCCUUUCAAGUGCCAAACAUUUCUACAGUUAUUUGAACUUGACGAUGAGUACAUUCAACAAGAGAUAAGAAAGCCUCCCAAGCAGACUACUUGUAAUUAUAAAACAGGAUGGUUUUCUGAAGCGCUGCUUGACAAUUUGAGACUUCGUGUAGCUGUGAGGUUUGUAUCUGUGUUUCCUGAGCCAGGUUUCGAAGACGUUUUCAAAUCUAUUCAAGAAGAGUUUGAGAGGUCAGAAAAGACACGAAUUCAGAAAGAUGCACUGAAACCAUAUGAACGGAAUCACCAGAAAACAACUAAAGAUAUGAAGAAGCGUAAAAACACAAACAAAGAGAAAGAUAGUGAUGUUAAUGCUGAUGACGAUACUGAAGACGUAGAUGAUGAAGACGAGGAACUCAAUGUGGCUGCAAAUGAUGAUGAGAUAUCGAUUAGUUCUCAUGAAUAUGGUGACAUGGAGAACAACUCCAGAACAUAUCUGCAAGGUUUGUUCAAUAGUUUUCCAAGCAGCGCACCAGCUUUGUAUGGUAAUGCCAAUGAUGGUAGCGAUGGAGAGUAUCCGAUUUACGAGCAAGAAUCCAACGAAGACGACAAUGACGAAGACGACGAUGAUGAGUGAAGAAGUUUGAAUAUAAUGUGUAUAUUUGCAAUGUAAUUACGAAACUGGGUUUGUGUAACUAAUGUAAAGUGAUAACAUAAGGAUGAAUUGUAAUUUCAUUGUGCAAUUAAAGAGAAUCUAGUAAA